UUACGCUUUAAAGUUUAAAGAGAAGAUUUAGAGAUGCGGAGUUGUCUGGAAAAGUAGGAAGAAAGAUAAGACGUACCUCUCGACAGUCGCCUUUAUGAAGGGUGGUGGGUCUUCACGAUGAAGAUGAAGAGAAAAUGAGUAAAACCGGAAGACGAGACGACGCAGGGAGGACGUGAAAUAGGACAAACCGCGGCGAAGAUGAGAUACGAAACUGCCCUGUACCUGCUCUCGCUGCUGAUCCUGUCGUUCAAUGAUCCUUCGUGGGGGGCUUCCGCCGAGAUCAGAGGAUGCAAUCGCACUAUCAGAAAUUCGGUCGGCUGGAUUCGCUGGACAGGACGAAUGGGCCGAUGCAUUGUGCGAAUUAGAGCGCCUUUAAGAGAUCCACAGGUGAUUGAGGUAAAGGUCAGAAGAUUGCAGGUGGGUUUCCUGAAGGAAGCUCGAUGCGAGGGAGCGUAUUUUCAGUUCUCGGACAGCGCGGACGAUCCUGACGACGAGACAGGUCGAUAUUGCGGCCACGUGACCGGGAACGUUACGAGGCUAUUUCUGCGACGUGGUCCGGAUCUAACUAUCACUUUGUCGUCGGACGCGCAUUUUGCAUCGGCGAACCCAGUCGUCUUCUCCGCGCAGUUCUCCAUCCUGCCAGCACGCCUGGCGGUCGAACGUCAUCGCGGUUACUCAUCAUCCUCGUCGCCCACGUGCCCUAUGGAGUGCACCGUACGCAACGAGCGCAGAUCCUGCAGACUGACCUCGCCAGGCUAUCCCAGCGUCUAUCCACGUGGAAUUAGAUGCAGGAUUGCUUUGGAGUCGAGCGCCGGUCGCUUCAGGAUAGGCGGUCAGCCGGAGGACCUUUUCGACUUGAUGAACUACAGCGAUCAAGAGAGUUGUCAAAUAGAAGAUUGCGAGGACUCCCUAGAGUCUGAGGGACUCGCUGGAUCGUCAUUCUCGGCCCUCGCGAGGGUCACGAGGAGCCGGGAUCGUUUCCUAGCGGAUGAAUCUAUUAUCGGGGACGAUCGAUCGAGGAACGAACACAACUGUCGAACGAGACGCAGCACGGAAACGAAUAGACAAUUAACGAGGCGGAGGCACUACGAGAAGAAAGCGACACGAUGGUACGGAGACAGGCAAUAUCAUCACAAAGAGCCGCCGAAUAGGCCUGGCACGAGCGAGCCGAGACUUCGCAUAAAAUCAAUGCGUUCGAAGAUAACGAGGCAGGACCAACGGAGGGUCGUUUCGAACCGUUAUCUCAAUGGCGACCCUGAAAGGCCGAAUGAGACGUUCGGUAGCACGACGGUAUCAAAGUACAAAUAUCCCGGAAAUGACCGAUCAUCGGACAACAUCACGUGCGAUGGCGGCGAUUAUCUCGCGCUGCUGGAAAACGUGAAUGGGAAGAUCCUCGAGAUCUCCAAGUUCUGCGGCAGCGGCCGUGUACCGCGUAUCUAUUCGCGCGGGAGGAACGUGAUCCUGGAGUUCUUCGCCCGAAAGGACGGCACUGUGACACACGACGGUUUUCAAGUGACCCUGCAGGAAGAACACGUCUCGCAAGAAACGAAACACGCGAGAUGCGAGUUUGUGUACAGAAGCUCCCGGCGUAACAGCAGGGAGAACAUCAGAUCUCCGCGGAGCUGGUAUCCGCCCAAUACCGUAUGCACUUACAAGUUUCUCGGUAGAACCACGGAAAAGGUUUCCGUUCACAUAAAGAUUCUUAGAAACGAGCUCGACCACGAAAAAUCAGAGACUAACAAUAAACGAAACUUUAGCCUCAACUAUUGCCCGGGGAAUGAAAUCACUGUUUAUAACGGAGCACAGGUGAAUGGCAGCUUCCUGAUGUGGUCCUAUUGCGAUGUGUCUCACUGGGACAUCAACAACAUCCAAGUACCUUUGACGUCUAGCGGAAACGAAUUAUUGAUCCAGUACUACAGCGCCAAAGGGUCCUAUGAUGGUCAGGGAUUUACUUACGCCGUAUCCUACCGAUUUGUCAAAAAGGAGCAAAACUUCACCGGGACGAAGCGCAAAUAUAAAUCAAUCUCGUUGAGACCCGUCAACCUGUCGACUCUCAACCUCAAUGACACCGAUGCCGAUUACGAAUGCGACAAUAGAAUCGGCACGUUCAAAAAUUGGUUUGCGGUACUGAUGGUCUUUGGAGUAGUGUCCUUCGUCGGGGCUGUCGUUACGAUAGUCACCCUGACAGCCAAAUGCUUGAAAAUCAGAUCCGCCGAGAAGAAACUUUUGCAAAAUACAAAACAGUAACGUAACAAAGUUUCAUGUUACUGAUUAAUAAUGUAAUUAAAAGCGAUCUCAGGAAUUCGUUUGAGAGAUGAAGAUAUUGAAAUUUCGAAACUUGAAACCUCGCGUUGAAAUGGCAAAAAUAAAACUCUACUAAGGUCCCACCGAGACUUGAACUCGGAUCGCUGGAUUCAGAGUCCAGAGUGCUAACCAUUACACCAUGGGACCUUGGUACUUUUUCUACGAACAAUUAAACGGCACAUGUAAAUAUUUGCGAAAAAAUAUCAUGAGAAGCUGUUAAAAGACGAUUAGACUCAUAGACGAAUCACGAUAGAGAGACUAAUUUAAUAUCGUGUCAACGUCUUCUUGACAUAUUUGACGGCAAAGGAGAUUUUUCUCUUCUUGAUAAAUAGAGAAUAAUGUACAACUAAUGUAUAUCGAACUGAAUUUUUAUACGUAACAUAAGAAACAAUAAUAAAUCAUAAUAAAGUAUGUAUAAUAUAAGCAGACGAUAAACGGGCAAAAUUAUCAAUUACUAGUGCUAAUAA